CAUACAUCUUUUUAAUUAUCAAGGUGAGGGGAUGGCCAAAGAUACUAGAGUCACUAAAUUCAGCUUCGAAUUUUGGCUGCACAAGACUAUUGAAUGGGGUCAGACAAGCACUUCAGAAUCUCAGCAAGAUGUCUGCCUUCACUUGCCUGAAUUACAGGAAUUUCUACUACAGAUUUAUGGAGCUUUGAAACAUAUGAACUGUACUACUGCAGUCCAAGAGUUUCCACUAAUUGGUCAAUUAUUGGGAAGGCUUUGUUGGAACCCCUUUGUCAUUGGCUAUGACGAAUGCCAGAAGAUUCUAAUGUGGUGCUUAUGUUGUCUGUACAGUGGUGAACCACAGAACCCUGUGGAAUUGAAGGCCAACAGCUGGAUACAAGGUUCAUUGUGCCACUUGCUCUCAUUUUCUGGACUGAGAAAUCAUGACACUGAUAUCAACAACUUUAUUUCAACUCUUGGGUUCACGUCUGCAGAUUACUAUUCUAAAUUAAUUGAAAAUGUGGUCUUAUCAUUAGUGACAGAACUCAGCAGAAAUCAGUUUAAUGGAGUUAACAGACAACAAAGUAUGUCUUCUCGAGUAAAAUCCAUAUCCCUUCUCUGUAUACCUCUUAUUAAUUUGCCUGAUAUAAUGCCACUGCUGGAAGCCCUUCUUAGCUAUCAUGAAGACGGAUCACAAGAGGUCCUCCAUGCUGAAUUUUUAGAAGCGGUGAAUGAGGCUGUGUUACAAAAAAAGAUUUUCUUGCCUGAAUCUGCUGUGUUGCAGUUGUGGCUUCGCCAUCUGCCUGGUCUGGAGAAAGCAGUGCUGCAGAAUCUUGAAAAUCUAAUCUCAACUCAGCCAAGUUCACUGGAAGAAAUGGCAUGCCUGAUAAAAUCUUCCUUAUUACACCAAGCUGCAUGUCAUCCGGCUGUCUUCAGAACUAUAGACGAAAUUUUCAAGAAUGCACUGCUGGAAACUGAUGGAGCACCAGAAGUAAUGACCGUAAUGCAGGUAUUUACACAGUGCUUUGUUCAAGCAUACCACAAGAAUAAUAAGCAGCUCAAGUUUCCACUGAAGGCCUACUUUCCUCAUAAUCCUCAUUCACUUGUGAUGGCUUUGCUUAAACAUCCCUCAGACUUCCCAGCUACUGGUUUGCAUCAACACUUGACCCGCAUUGCAGAAAUGCUCAAAGCAACAGUAGAAGCAAAGUGCACUGGAUAUUGUGGAGACCUCUUUGAGAGCUGGUUUUUGUUUGUUCAUUUUGGAGAAUGGGCUGAUAUCGCAGCAGAGCAGUUGUUGUCACAAGCGGAAUCCUCAGAUGCUAUGUUGUGGCUUUUGGCAUUUUACUAUAAUCCAGGUGAAGAGAAUUGGCAGAGAACUCAAACAAUGGUGGAAGCAAGAUCUGUAUGUGACCAUCUGACUGCCUUGUUCAGAACUCCAGUUAUUUCUGUCACAGAUCUGCAGACUGCAGUUAGCAGCGGAACAAAACAAAACAAAUCAAGUAGCAACCUGGUAGUUACACACCUGAUAAUCAGCUUUCUGCUGUUUACUCCUAUUGGACACACAGUCGCCAAAGAAUUUAUUACCCAUCUUAUAGUUGCAGGCAGUGAAAUCCCAGAAGUUACUGGUCUUCUAACUCGUCUUGCAAAUAGAGUUGGCCAACUUGGAAUGAAAUAUCAAAGCACUGUAAAGCUGGUGAAUGAUCACCUUCUAAAACUAAAAUGUGGAGUUUAGUUUUCUUUGUGAUACUCAGCUUGGCCCACUAGUCAGUCUUAACUAAUCAGAACAGCCAGGUGGAGGAUGGAGAGAAGGUAUUUGGUGUUUUUGCUUCCUUAAAUAUGAAAGCCUUUUAUGUCUAUGUGUAUGUACAGUUGAAUGGUAAAGAUAAAAAUAUUGAUAUGGAAGUUGUUAGCAGUAUUAUAUCUGACCUUUCUCAAGUCACUCUCUGAUUUCAUCCUAAAAGGAGCUUCUUCUAAUUGACUUUCAGUCAUAAGGCUGAAAACAAAAUGUAAUUGUACUGGAGGGUUUUCCCUAUGUAGCUGAAAACCAGUAAAUUUGAAGUGAUAUCUGAGCAUGGAUUGGAUCAAUCUUUUUCUGUCUUUGCCUUGUGAGAGAACUUGUGAGAAAAGCUACGUGAUUAAUGGGGUCUUUUCAUACUCUGGAAGCUACACAACUGCUUGUUUCUGCUUUGUAAAGUAUAAGCCCUAUCACAAGCAAGUGGUUGUUAAUUAUUCCUUUUGAAGUAAAUCCCUGUGUCAAGAUUAGUGACCAGUCACCUUCUUAUAUUUCUUCUGAUUCUAUAUUUUGUUGAGAGAGCAUUAGUCAGCAAGUGUGCUACAGCAAUGUGCACCACAAACCUUUCUAGACCACAGGCCGCCUUUGAGCAAUGCCAAGAAAAUACUUGUGCAGCUUACAAACAAAUUUUGUUUGAUUUUUCCUUCACAACAAGCCUCUCUACACCCUACUAGUCAAUUCACAUAUUUAGAAGCACCAAGUCAUAAUGUUCCCAAGUUUGCCGCUUGAGAGACUUCAGUGGGAAGAAAUAGUAGAUUGGUCUGGAAAUAUUUCACAUUUUUUAUUUACAGAAAGGACAUACUUCCCAGAAAGUAUGCACUUAGAUGUUUACUCAUUUCUGAGUUCACUUGGCAAGCUUUCCAUUCAAGAUUUGUCCCAAAGUGUGGAUAAUGAAACUCUUACACACACACUUCUUAAAAUAUGGAAUACCGUAUUUUUCACCCCAUAGGACACACCUAGUUUUUAGAGGAGGAAAACAAAAAAAUUAUAUUUUUUGCUUUCUUGAAUUGUCCUAGGCAUAACUCCUUGAGGCCUAAGUGCCUUUGCCCUCCCCCAUUAAAUAUUUGAGGAAGCUUCUUUUGCAAAGGGGGAAGGUUCCAUUUUUUAGGAUCAGCUCAAAGUUGCUGAGUUUCCUUGCAAAGGGGAAAAAAUCCUGUUUUUAGUUCAAUUCACAGUUCUUCAGCUUCUCUAGGAAAGGAAAGAGACCCAUUUCUAGAGUUUCCAAACAGAUAAUCUAAUCAGCCAGUCACCGUCUCCCUCUGCAGACAACAAUUGAGGCCUAGGUAAGGGGCUGGGAGGGGCUGGAAAGGGAGCUAGCUCUCUUAUCUCCCUCCCGCUAUCUCUAGCAGUCAGCUGAUGAGCGGGUUCCUUUCAACAGGCUCAUUACUUCUUGUUAGCC